GUUGUUGAAAACAAUUAUUAUUUGGUACAGGGAUGUGUGUUUAGUAGAUCUUUACCUAUUAGAUAAAGCUUUUAAGUUGUGCUUACAAAUCAUUUAUAUGCUUAUACAUUUCAUGUCUCUUAAUCUAUCAUUUCCUGAUACAAGGUCUGUAAUGAAUCUUCCCACCAGGAUUGUGGAUGGUUAAAUCCUUGGAAUUCUGUACUUUUUGCAACACAUUCUGUUGUUUGCAUUUUGGACACGUAAAAAUAAUGUACAACUCCAUGGAUUUUUACACGAUAGAACACAUCUAUAUGAAGAACUACACACACUGGUCAAGAAAUCGAACACUAUCAGCACCCAAGAAUCAUCCUUUAAUGCUCCCUUUCAAUAACUAGUCACUCUGAUUCCUACCACCAGAAUGACCAUCAACAACAUGAAAUCAGGAAACCUCUCUGAGACUGCAGAAUUCCUCCUCCUGGGACUGUCAGAGGAUUCAGAACUGCAGCCUCUCCUGUUCUGCCUGUUCCUGUCCAUGUACCUGGUCACUGUGCUUGGUAACCUGCUCAUCAUGCUGGCCAUUAUCUCUGAUGCCCACCUCCACACCCCCAUGUACUUCUUCCUCUCUAAUCUGUCUUUCAUUGACAUCUGUUUUACCAUGACCACGAUCCCAAAGAUGCUCGUGAACAUCCAGACACAGAGCAAAUCCAUCAGUUACAUGGGCUGCCUCACCCAGAUCUGCUUUGUCCUGACUUUUGCUGGAUUGGAAAAUGGAAUUCUCGUAAUGAUGGCCUGUGAUCGAUUUGUGGCCAUCUGUCACCCACUGAGGUACAAUGUUAUCAUGAACUCCAAAUUCUGUGGGCUUCUGGUUCUGCUGUCCUUCUUUAUUAGUAUUCUGGAUGCCCUGGUCCAUACAUUGAAGGCACUGCAGCUGUCCUUCUGCACAGACCUCAACAUUCCUCACUUUUUCUGUGAACUAACUCAUAUUCUCAAGCUCGCCUGUUCUGAUACCCUCAUCAAUAACAUCCUUGUGUAUUUAGUGACCAGUCUGUUGGGUGUUGUUCCUCUCUCUGGAAUAAGUUUCUCUUAUACUCAAAUUGUCUCCUCUAUCCUAAAAAUCCCAUCAGCUGGUGGAAAGUAUAAGGCAUUUUCCAUCUGUGGGUCACACUUAAUAGUUGUUACCUUGUUCUAUGGGACAGGUUUUGGGGUGUACCUUAGUUCUGAAGCUACUCGCUCCUCCAGGAAGAGUGCAAUAGUCUCAGUAAUGUACACGGUGGUCACUCCUAUGAUGAACCCCUUUAUCUACAGUCUGAGGAACAAAGACGUGAUGGAGGCUUUGAGGAAACUCAUCACUAGAAUAUCAUCUUUCCAUUGAUGUGUCAAUUGCUUUGGGCUUACGCUGCAGGAACAUGACAGAGAGAAGUAAAUCAUGAGCGAUCCAGAAAGCACGACUUCUUUAAAUACACGUGACCAGAGAUCAAAUGGUUAAGAGUGAGAAUUUUGGAAUCAGACCAACUGGGUUUGAAUCCUACCUCUGCUAAACCAUAGCUAUGUGGCCUUUGACAAUUUAUUCCAACUCUCUAAGCUCAGUUUCGUCAUCUAUAAAAUUGGCAUAGUUAUAUUACUUUACAUUUUGGGAAUAUUUGAGAUCCUUCAACUUUAUCAGUGAGGAUGCAUGCCUUCAGCAGUAAUAAUGCAAAAGUCUCGAUGCCAAUAGCGUCUAAUGAUAAAAACAAUGAUCAUCUUUCCAUUGUUAGGAGAUUGAGUAGGCCCAGGCACAGAACCACAGGGCUGCAUUUCAUUUUGCCAUAUUUUAGCUUCUUCCUAAGGCUGUUGUCCUGAUGGUCACCAACGCAAGCAGCAGUGCAGGGACACUCCAGACACAAUAACCAGAAAUAGAAAACUGACUGCUUCUUCUUGGAUCUCUUUGCAAUGCAGACGUAAUCUUUACAAACAGACAUCCAGAGCCAUUAUUUUUAUCCUCAGCCUGAAUUGGGACAUGUGUCUGUUUUAGUGUCUGAUUGUCAUUGUAAUGCUUUACUACAAACUUAGUAGCUUAAAACAACACAAACGUAUUCUCUUGUAGUCUUGGAGGUCAGAAGUCUGAAGACUGCUACAUUGGGCUGAAGUCAAAGUAUUGGGUUCCUUCUGAAAUCUCUGGGAAGAGAAUGAAAUGGGGAGUCAUUAUUUCAUGGGUACAGAGUUUCUAUUUGGGAUGAUGAAAAAGUUCAGAAAAUAGAUAGUGGUGAUGGUCAUUAAACAUUGUGAAUGCUUUUAAUGCCACGUUCUUAAAAUGGCUGAAAUAGUAAAUUUUAUUUUAUAUAUAUUUUACCACUAUAAAAAAAACUCUCAAAAAAGGAAUUGAAAAUGACAAAUAAUAUUUUGCUUUCUAGAUCAAAAACAAACAAAUAUCAUUCCAGCAUACCAAAGUGUUAAACACAAAAGUUGAAAUGAUUAACUGUUUCAGAAGACAAUAUAUGAAAAUAUUUUUAUGGCCUCAGAGGAGUCAAGCAUUUCUUUUUUUUUUAAAUUAAUUAAUUAAUUAAUUAAUUUUCCCCCAAAGCCCCAGUAGAUAGUUGUAUGUCAUAGCUGCACAUCCUUCUAGUUGCUGUAUGUGGGAUGC